AAAAACACAUGACUCUAGCAAAGCUAUUGUGGAACCAUAACAAGUCAUCAAACACUCAGAAAGGUUCAAGUUGUGACCAAUAUUACUGAUUAUAAUCAUCUGUUUUGCGCAAAAUGAUCUCUCCCGUUGCUUUCGCACGCGCAAGCGACAAGCUGAGGAAGCUUGAUGUGCGCAUGCGCCGUCUACGAGCGUUCAUCGCGGAAACGAAGCAAUCUAUCCCUCUCAUGCAGGAAAAAACUAAAACUGCGAGUUAUGAAAAUUCAAGUUCAACAUCUUUUCUACUGGGAAGCCCUCGUGUGGAGGGUACUUUGUUGACAUCAAGAACAAGGGCUACGGUCGUGCAGAGGAGAAGGCUGGCGCUGGCGGACAAUGACAGGAGUGAAGAUACUGCUGUGCAAGCAGGUGUGCGUGCAGGUGAAGAAAAUGGCGAAGGAGAGCCUCUUCAAAUUUUGAGAAUUACCUCUCCAAAUACUGAAGAACCACGAGGGCCGUUCGCGUUCAAAAAGAAGAAAAGCCGCGGUUUUUUCAUCCCGACACAAAGAGAAGUACAAGAGUACACGAGAAGAGUGCAACAGGCCGACUCGGGUGGAUAUUGACACUCUGGUGGCUGAAGCAAAAAUGGUCCUGUUGCGGACAGAAGCAUGAUAUUGACAUGAAACCUAGUGGUAGAAUAGAAUCGCCUCGGCUCAUUGUACUAUGUAUAAAUGGAAGUUCACGUAGUUCUUGUACCACGUGAUUGUUCAUUCUACCUUUCUCACGCUCCUGUCCCGACAUCACAAGACUAGACUCAAAAGAGAGGAUUCCCGAUGAGCUCGUCUCCUUGUCCACCAGCAUACAAGAGCCCUCAUCGUCGGUCCUUUCAUAGAUAAGAACAUCGAAAUUCAAAUUCUAGUUCAUCGUUCGCGAAAAGAUAAGCCUCUUCAGUGCGAGCCUCGAAUGAUCCCCAUUGUGAUAAGUACCACUUGGUACUGGUAGGGAGAACCAGUUUCACCAAUCUUUCUCGUAG